GGGAAGAGAGAAAAGGGUAUUUGGGAGUUUUUGUCAAGCUGUGGAAUACAGUAUUGUGCUUUUGGAAAUCAAGGGAACAAGAGUCCUAUCUGAAGCUUUAACUGGAGAGUGAAGAAGAUAUUGACAUUGACUCUGGGCAAUUAAGCCGAAAGGCUGAAGUGAGCUUACUCUGGUGCUAGUAAGCUGAAGUGGUUUCCUUCGAUGCUUCGGGUUAAAAACCAAACGGCCUUUGAUGGAGAAAUUUCAGACUGCAAUGGUACUGAGUGCCGUAGGAGAUGCCCUGGGAUACCGCAAAGGCCGCUGGGAAAACUGCACCUCAGGAGCUCAGAUCCAAAAGGAGCUCUCGGCCCUUGGGGGGCUGGAGGCUCUUAAGCUGGACCCAGACAACUGGCCUUUGAGUGACAGGACAUUGAUGCUCAUGACCACCGCAGAGGCCCUUGUCACAGAUUACUGGUGUUUAGAGGAUCUGUACAGAGAGCUGGUGAGGCUGUACGUGGAUGCAAUGGUAUCCCUGCAGGGCAGAGCCCCUGACCCCAGCACAGUUGAAGGCUGCGCCCACCUUAAACCCAACAACUUCCUGCUUGCCUGGCAUACGCCAUUCAACGAGAAAGGUUCCGGCUCUGGGGCAGCUACCAAGGCCAUGUGUGUGGGCAUGCGCUACUGGCAGCCCGAGCGACUGGACACCCUGGUGGAAGUGAGCAUCGAAACAGGCCGGAUGACCCACCACCACCCCAUAGGGUUCCUGGGUGCUCUGUGCACUGCCCUGUUCACCUCAUAUGCAAUGCAAGGCAAACCAGUGGUGACCUGGGGCCGUGAUCUCAUGAAGGUGACCCCCAAAGCUGAAGAGUACUGCAGAAAAACCAUACGACACUUAGCAGAGUACCAAGAGAAGUGGUUUUACUUCGAGGCCAAAUGGCAGUUCUAUUUGGAAGAGAGAAGAAUAGAGGAGGAGGGUCAGAACAAGCCCCUUUUCCCCAAGUGCUACGAUGCAGAUGAGACCGAUAAGGUGUAUAAACGCUGGAGCUCAGAAGGUCUUGCGGGGCACAGGGGCCAUGACGCUCCCAUGAUCGCCUAUGAUGCUUUGCUGGCUGCAGGUUCUGACUGGGGCGAGCUGUGUAAACGGGCCAUGUUUCAUGGAGGAGAGAGCAGCGCUACGGGGCUGAUUGCUGGCUGCCUCUACGGGCUGCUCUAUGGGCUGAAGCAGGUGCCUGCAGAAUUGUACCAACACCUGGACAAGAGGGAGAAACUAGAGGAGCUAGGAGCUAAACUCUACCAUGCCUCAGCUACUGAAAAAGACACAGAGAAACUAGAGCAGGAGGGGCAUCAAGGAGCUGUUGCUACGGAGACAACAGUAAAUGGCAGGACACUUAAAAAGCUCAUCUCGGAUCGCUCUUCUAAUCCAGUGUUCAGGGAGAUUCUGGACAGUCUACUGCAGUACAUCACCCAAGAGCUGCCCAGUGUGACUCUUCGGAGCCAGGAGAGGCCAACCAAGAAAAUAAACAUGCGUAAGUACGGCAUGAAGAUGGGGAGUAAUGCCAUUCGUCGGCCUACUGCUUUCCAGCUUCUGCAGUCCAGGUUUCUACUGGCCUCUCCAAAGCCAGCAGUGACCUACAGAAGGCAAGUGGGCUCUUUGAACUUAAAAGGACUUCAAGCAACCAAGGAACCGGACAGACCCAUUAGUGAUACCGGGCGAGGAGUUAAGAUGGGGAGAUCCAGGGUACAGGAUAUGAUUGCCAAGUUUGCAGCUAUUGAGCAUAAAGAGAGGGAACUCCAGACUAGGAAAAUGCAAGGACCACAGAAUUUAGUCAGACAGAUCAGCAAAAGCCCCACUUUGUCUAACUUGAUGACAAAGUUUGAAAGUCUGGCAAAGGUGCAGAGUAGAAGUGGUUUAAUUGAGACUAAGGAGAAAAAAUGUAGAAAUGUGUCCAUUGGAAAAGGCAAGAAAGGACUGAAUAAAAAACAGAAAUCUCAAGAUUUAGGGGUUCUUGACCAACAUCAGCAUUUACUGCAACAGAUGAGCUACAGUAAUACUGAGGACCAGCACAGUACCCUGCAAGCAGCAGAAGGGACACAGUGCAGUUCACCUGAGGAAGAGGUCUUUGCUUUAGAAAAACUGAUAAACAAUGGUGUGGGUGUGUUAGGGGAGACUCUGAAUCAGCAGAAAAAUAAUCUGAAUGCAACACAGCAGGAAGUGAGGUAUGGAAAAAUAGAGGCAAUUUACUUCACUGCUGCAGUGGAGAACUGGCACUUAGAGCUUGACUCUGCAAUUGUAGUGAUGGGUAUUCCACAAAGGGGCUAUCUAGCCACGGUCUUACCACAACCUGAUGUUCAGUCACUAGCCACCUCAACAGGCCCUCUAACAGAGAGUGUGGAACCUGAUGAAAAUGUGUGGGUGGCAUCUGGCCUGUGUUUGGACCCACCACAUGAAAAAAAGCCCAAAUCGACAACCACAGUUCAGAGUUCAGAAAUGCUACCACAAAACAAAGAGCUCCUCUUUAUGGAGUCCACACCUCCACCACCGAAAAUAUCUCCAGAGACACCAUUACAAACCUUUAGGUCUUCGCCAUCUGAGACUGCAAAGGAUCAACAGGGAUUUUACACUGGUACACUACUAUUUGCUCCAUAUGAAAAGCAAGACUCGCCAACUAGGGUCCACCAAGAUGUGAACUGUUGCAAAAGUUCCAUACAGCCUCAUAAGUCUCAGCAAGACAUAAACGUGGACUGUCACAAAAAUCCUAUCCAUCAGGCAAAUGGCAAAGAACAGAAUGUUAUGGAACUGGAAAUGGAGGAGGGCCAAGAUGUUGCAGUGAAAUGGCAUACAGACUCUUCAUUCCCACACAGAAGCCAUGGAUCUUAUCCACUGGAAUUGAGCGUCGGUGUUCUUUUAGGGGAGAUAACUAAACCCCUCAUCACUGAUGGCGAUGAUCUUGCACCAUCAGCUGAAUCCACAGCCUCUUCAUGUCCAUUCCUUCUGGCCCAACAACCAAAGAGCACAACACUUGAGUGUUGUGAAAGCCAUAUGUCACAGCACCCACAUCAAAUGGAAACCCAAUGUGCAGAAAAUGUGUGCCUUGAUUCAGUAUGUCAAGAUGGCAGUGACGAUGAGAGAGACAGCCUAGUGUUCAGUUGUGAAGAUGUUGAGACAGGCGGCAAAACACUGGAACCAAGGAUUCCUGACCACAAUCAGAAGACACUGAACAGGAAGUUCAGCCAAUUCAUUUCAGAAACAAAGGAAGAGAAAGAGAGCCAACCAUCCAUGAGGGACAGACCAAAAUACAGGACAUUUAAUUACAGUGAUGUACCUGCAAGGAAACCUUAUAUGCCUAAGACUAUUAGGUUUACUGAUACAUUCAACUUCUGACCCUUUCAGUUAGGCUCCUUCCCUGUACCUUCUAGUAUUUCAGCUCUCUGCAGUCCAACUGCUGGUCACCAAAAUCAAAGCUCAGUCCAUUGUUGGCAAGAGAUCAGUGAUGAAUCAAAACUGAAUUUGAACUUGAAUCCCAUCUUCACUGAUGAAUCACCUUGAAAUGCUCAAAAAAAAACAUGCUCAAGAAAAUAAAACACAAUAACAUUCCUAUGAGCCUAUUAACUCAAGACAUUAUGCACAAUAUGAGCACAGAGAAAAAAAAAUCAGAGUAACAGUUUAUAUUAUAUUCACAAUGAUUAUUAAAUAAGAGUGUUAUCUCAUUUUCUCCAAGUAUCGAAUAUCAAUUUUGACUCCACCAUCCUACAUAGCACUGCAACUACUAAUAUGUACAUGUCCACUUGUUUUCAACAGAAAUAUUUAACACUAGUAAGGAAAACAAGCACAUUGACCUCAAUUACUGUGUUUUAUGUUGCAAAGUAACUAAAGUGAUGUAAUAGGGAUUCCAGCUGGUUGCUCUGCAGUACCAGCUGGACACCUACUCUAACUACAAGGAUGGUAAAUAUUCACAUAAAAUACAUGUGCUUGUUAUCUGGAUCUUUGUUUACGGCUUUAGGGUUUAAUGAUUUCAAAAAUAAAAUGUCAAGGUGAAACCUUCAUGUCUCUUAUACAGUCUUACGGUGUUUUGUAUGAAUAAUUGUUUGUACAGCUAUUUAAUGAAACACACCAUGGGCAAAUAUGCCCAUGGUUCAUUCUAGUUCAGAGCCCUUGAAUACAGUGAAAUAUUAUGUUGAAUCAAAUAUUAAACUUAUUUUUUUCAAUAUUUUGUUGUAGGCAAACUAAUUAGUUGUUAAAAAAAUCUUUAUUAGUUGAACAAAGGGUUUUGAUAAUGUCUCUGUUUCCAUUUCCAAGUUGUCAUCAAAAAAAGGAAACUAUAGGCCCAGAGAUCUGUUCCUCAUGGCCCUACCACGGGGCUGCUCAAGAUGCACUGACUCGGGGUCAUCGUGGCUGUAGCUCCUUCGCAGGGGUCCUGUGUUUUUUGCAAGGGCAUUACUGGGUAGUACAGAACAUGCAGCAGUGAUGUUGCAUGCGAUAUCAGGUGCAACUUUCAAACUGUUUGGACACUUUAUUAGGCCAAAGGUCAUUUUUAUUUGUAACCUUGUUCUUACAAGAGCUGUAUUAUCCUAUUAAUGCAGAUUAAAGAGCUGUCUGCAAACAUA